AUGCACUUUCUCCACGGUCCCUUACGUCCCAACCCUGGCCCCUCCCUCCAGCCCCGCUCCGCGCUGGCGUGGAUCAGCAGCGGCACAGUGCGCCAGAGAAGCGGCGGACAGGCGUGGAUCUCACCGGGAGGACCAGCCCUGACCACCGCGGACCUCCCCAUCCUCCAAACAACACCAAAGACACACACCGCGCUCCGUGACCCGCUGCGGUCUCCGGACACGUCCUUUACGCACACGUUUGGACUCUGUAAAAGUGGUGUCGGGAGGAGUGGAGAUGGAGCAGCAGCAGUCCGACUCUGUGUGCAGCUCUGCCCGCCUCCGAGGCUGCUGAUGCCCGCGGACAAGUGGACCAUGGCCAACGGAGCGGGGACGGUCAUGCUGAAGUGCGUCGUGGUUGGAGACGGCGCCGUGGGGAAGACGUGUCUGCUCAUGAGCUAUGCCAACGACGCCUUCCCAGAGGAGUAUGUGCCCACGGUGUUUGACCAUUACGCAGUGAGCGUCAACGUUGGAGGAAAGCAGUAUUUAUUGGGGCUUUACGACACAGCUGGUCAGACUAAUAUAGGUACAGCCUCUCCCACAUAUAGAACAGAGCACAUCCAAACUCCCUGCAACAGGUGA